AUGUGUGCAAAGGUUGUAGCCAUUUUCGAUGACACCACCGGCACUCAAAAUCUUCUCAACGGGAUCGUACCAACAGUAAAUGAGCAGUUUCUUCGUCCGUUUCUUCGUUCUGCAGAAGCACCCCGGUGUCUUGGCAUCAGCACAGUGAAUGACAUUAAGACAAAUGUUAACCUAAAUGAGAAUGUAUUUGCUUGCCAAUGUUGUGCUGUCAUUUUCGAUGACGUCACCGGCACUCAAAAUCUUCUCAAGGGGAUCGUACCAAAAGCAAAUAAGCAGUUUCUUCGUCCUGCAGAAGCACCCCGACAUCUUGGCUUCAGUACUCUUCCCAACAUUGGCGGCACGGUGAAUGACAUUAAGGCAAAUGUUGAUCUAAAUGAGAAUGGUGGGUCAGUUUUUGAUGUUACAAAACAUGGAGCUAAAGGUGAUGGAGAGACUGAUGAUGCACAUGCAUUCAUGACAACAUGGAUUGCAGCUUGUCGGAACACAGUCGGUCCGACGAAGUUCUUGAUCCCACAAGGCACAUUUCUGGUGGGUCCGGUGACUUUCGCCGGUCCGUGCAAAAGCUUUCCGAUCACCCUCGAAAAUCAAGGAACUGUAAAGGCCACCACCGAUAUUAGUGCAUACUCAUCUCCAGAAUGGUUCUCCCUUGAAGAUAUUACUGGUUUCAUCCUCACCGGCUCCGGCGUCUUUGACGGCCAAGGCCUCUCCGUUUGGGCCUACAACGACUGCAAGAAAAACAACUUAUGCCAACCUCUUCCAAUCUCCAUUAAAUUCACGAGAUUAAAUCACACGAUUGUUGAUGGGCUCACUUCGAUAAACAGCAUGGGGUUUCACACAUCUGUAUUCUACUGCUACAAUUUCACCGCUACUAACAUGAAAAUUAUAGCUCCACAUAAUAGUCCCAACACCGAUGGAAUGCACCUUAGCACCUCAAAAUUGGUCACCAUUGCCAACAGUAUCAUUGGCACCGGUGAUGAUUGUGUCUCCAUUGGCCACAGUACUGAGAAUAUCACUAUCACCAACGUCACUUGCGGCCCUGGACAUGGCCUUAGUGUGGGCAGCUUGGGCAAGUACUCGAAAGAAAAGGGUGUCUACGACGUUCUAGUAAAAAACUGCACCAUUUUCAAUGCCACCAAUGGUGCCAGAAUCAAGACUUGGGCUAGUCCUAUCUCGGGGUUAGCCUCGAGAAUUAUCUUUGAAGACAUUGUAAUGUACGGCGUAAAAAAUCCUAUAAUUAUCGAUCAAACCUACGGCACUAAGAAGAGUGAGGAAUCAAAUUGGAAGGUUAGCAACGUACAGUUCAAGAACAUUCGGGGAACAUCGACAACGAAUGUGGCAGUGUUGUUGGAGUGCAGCAAGUUGUUUCCAUGCGAGGGGGUGGAGUUGAGGGACAUUAACUUGAGUUAUGGUGGCUCCAACUUGAGAAAUUCAACCAUUGUUUCUUCAUGUUCGAAUGCAAAGAUUGCUACUUUUGGGGUUCAAAACCCACCACCUUGUGUUGUAUAA